AUGUCUGCUCUCCCUUCGACUCCCAAGGCCACGCCGACGGCAGCUCCCCCCUCCGCGGGGUCUGGCACUCCCGGCAAAUGGCGCCACCCCCAGCUGAAUGAGAUCGUCCGUCGUCAAAAUGCAGCUACUUUUGGUGACAAGAACCUGCGAAGGGUCAUUUGGAAUGGGGGUGCCAUGGUUAUGACCUGGGUUUUCGGAAACAGCCUCAAGUCCAAGUCACGUUUCAUUUUUGGUCACAACUCCGUCUAUCCAGAGGUUUCCCUGCUGCUCGUUCAGCUCUUCUUCGUCAUCAACAUUCUUAUGGCCUUAUACCCUCUCUUCCGACCGGUGGACGAUCUCUCCGACAUUCCCCUGACUCCUACACAACGAGCCCUUUUGGGUCUGGAUCCAACUGCUACACCUCCCCUCACCCCUGGAACAACCUAUGUUACCCCGCCAAGGUACCGCAUGUCGACUUCGCGCAAGGGUAGUCCUGCAAGCCAGAGUGGUUCUCCCCUGUCUACGACCAGCUUUUCAGAGCGACGCGUUUCCUCUGGUACUCCUUUCUCGCCUGCAUCCAGCCCAUUGUUUCACAAAGCCGUUGCCAACGGUGGCAGAGAUACGGGCCGGCGACCAAGCUUCGGAUCAUCCUCAUCUCUUGGCCGUAGCAACUCGUUUGGCGAAUCCAGUCUUGGAGCCAGCCUCGGGGCUAGCUUCAGUUCUAGUCUCGGUCCUAGCACACCUUCUCCUCUAAUGGGAAAGCGGACCAGCUUGGGAGACUGGUUUCUUUUACCAGCAAUGGGGGCCUCGGAGUCAAAGCUUGUGUUCAAGCAGGGCAUCUUCCGCCUCUCGGAGGAGAAGGAGAUCCCCGCAGACGACCCUUACUGGACGAGAUUUUGGGAACUCCCUGAGUCUACAGAAGACGUCUUCAGCUUGUUCACACCUGCUGACAUUCGACGAACGCGCGACCAUGCCUUAUCGAACUUCGAGACGUUAAUACUUUCGGUGUCUUCGCGGCUUAUUGUCCUCAAAAACCACCCUUCAUUCCCCGAUCCAGAUCUUGCUCCUGAUCGUGACCUGCUUAAUUGCAUUCGGAUCCUCACCCGGCUCCUGCCGUUUGUCUACGAAGCGGAACAUCUGGAGGACUGGGAAGAGAAAUUCUUUUGGUCGCGUCGCAAGAGAAGGACCAGACAGUCUCAGAUUGCAGGUGAGGUGCUUUUCGACGAUGCGCAGCUGGAGGAUCAGCAAGAUCCGUCCUCGCCCCGCGGAGGAGAAUACGAAGAUGUGAAGCCUCUUGCAGAAGAGUUGAUCGACACGUUACUGGACUUGCUCUUCUUUACCGAAUUUACUAUUCCGCUGCUUCCAACUGCCAAGAGCAAGAUUUCGUAUUCGAUAUGGCAAAGUGGUGUGGGUUGCAACACAUCUAUGGGAUCUAACAAAACCCUUGAAAGCAAUCGAUGCGAAAUUCUGCGCCUACUGCUAACGAUGACCGGAAAGGCAAUGUAUAUGCCAGCGAACACGCUACCCGUACAAGGUGUGAGGGCCAUCACCUACAUCACGACUUGCCAGGACAAGCAGGCCGUUUUGACCACACUUUGCUCUCUUUUGAACACGGCCAUGAAAUAUAACCCUGCAUCAUGGAGGGUUCCAUAUGACCAUGUUGUUUGGAAAGACCCUAAGCAGAUACUGGUCAUCUACUGCUUACAGCUUCUUCUUGUUCUUCUCCUCUAUCCUAUUCCGGAGGAUGGCCGUGGGACCCCUCCAAAGAAUUAUUACCGACACUAUUUUGGCAGGCUGCAUAGGCCCCAGGAUUUCCAGUUCCUCGUGGAUGGUAUGACCAGAAUUUUGAACCAGCCGAUGCAGGCGACAAACUCUUAUCUCCCGGGAAGCCAAAGAUCAGUGAAAUGGGCACCAGAAAUGUUGAUUCUGUUUUGGGAGACCUUGCAGUGCAACAAACGUUUCAGGUCAUUCAUCAUCGAUUCCAAUCGGUCACAUGAUUUCUUAAUUCUUUGCAUAUUCUAUGCCAUGGAAUACCGAGCGGAUGCGUCUAAACAAGGAGUCGUUCGGAUGUGCGUCUUCAUUCUUCAGACCAUGAGUGCAGAACCGACUUUCGGCAAGAGUCUCAAUAUCCACUUUGAGGCACAAGAAACCCUGCCACUGUCUAUUCGACAACCGAAAUUCCGAGGCUCUUAUGCUGAUUAUCUCAUUAUGUCGAUACAUACUUUGAUGACGACCAGCAAAGGAAACCUUGACACUGUUUAUCCCGCCUUCAUGAUUAUCCUAAAUAACGUUGCCCCUUAUAUCCAGCAGAUCUCCGCCGUGACUUGUCCCAAAAUCAUUCAACUAUUUUCUUCCAUGUCUGCACCCAGCUUUUUGCUGGCGAACGAGACAAAUCACACUCUUCUUGCAUCAAUGCUUGAUUUCAUCAAUGCUAUCCUCGAGCAUAACUUCACCGAAAACCGGUAUCUCGUCUACGCAAUUUUGAAGUACAAGCAAAGAUUCGAAGCCAUUCGAGCGUUCACGCUGGAAAGCGGUCAACAAGAAAUUGAGAGACAGAGAGAGAAGCGAAAGGCCAGGGAAACCCCGGCCGAUGUUAUCACUAGCCCAUUGCUUUCUCAGUCCGAAGAGGACCUGCACACCCCUUCUGGAGCUCGGUCACCUUUGACUAGGAUUCCUGAAGAGAACAGCGCAUUUGCGAUUGGCGAUGAUGAUGAAGAUUCGGACGAUGAAGGGGAGAGCACUCCAUCUCAGUCCUCGCCUUCCGCUCAAACCUCUCGUAGGCCUUCUUUUGCCUCGAUUACUGACGAGAAUAGCUCACAGUUGCGAGGCAUGUCCGAAAAGGCACGUGGCAAGAUGCCCGCCGGCCGGCCAUCUUUCUCUCGCCAGAACAGCAUGACCAGUCAAACAAGCAUGUCCGCUCUUUUCACUGCCUCAUUGACCGGCUUUACACCAACUGUUCCCUGGCUCGAAUCUUGGCUUCCGGAGUUGCCACUGCAUACAAUUCUCACCGUCAUUUCUGCCAUUGCACCUCAUAUCCCAGAGGCCGCUCUACAGACUACUUCAAGCCCGGAGGCCCGUACCUUGAUCAGUAAUCUUCCGUCCUUUGCUGAGGAGCCGCAGGUGAAGAGUAUCAUCUCAGAGCCAACACCGGUCCGUGCCCAGUCAUUUGAAUGGUCCGCCCUCUCUAUGGGCUGGUACGAGUCACUCCUCUGGGGCUUCAUCUUUUCUAGCGAGAUGGUCGUUGGCUCUGCCGCUGGUGCUACCCCGGGUACCGUCGGUGUUUGGAAUAGCACCGGAAUCCGGCUAUUCAGGGUUCAAGAAGCUGCUGCGCAAGGACCGACUCUUUUGGCUCCGAAGGGUGCCGUUGAUGCAGUUGGUAGUAACUUGGUCCAGCGAAUUGGCAAUCUCAGUCUGCGCGGUCGUAACUCAAUAUCCCAGGAGCCCAAUAGCGGCCAAUCCCCGAGUGUGAGGGAAGUCUAA